CUUUAUAAAUUGAAGUAUCGAUAGAAAAUUAAAUCGAUAAAUUGAUUUCCUCCAGCGUUUUUGUGAAAAAAUAUUUUGAUUUGCUGUAAAGUACCGGUAUAAUCUAUCCCCUUAAAAAUGGGUACAAAACGUCGUAACAUCGAGGACGAGUUAUCGCGCUUCGAGGCGGAGAUCUCCAAGCCGCCUGCCCGUAAUCUCUUCGUACCUAACCAGGUGCGCCCAAUCAUUGCCGCCAAUACGUACCACAACGUUCAGCACAAGUUGCAGCAUCACCAGGGGAAUGGAGGAUCCAGAUUAACCGUGCCCCCUCCUCCGAUCCCGCCACCACCAACCUUCAUGUCAACCUUCGUCCCAACAGGCAGUGGAAGCGGCUCCUCCAGUUCCAAGCCGAUUACAGCAACGCCCGUGGUUCUCAGCAGUGCGCCCAAAUUGUAUCAGUGCCGACAGUCUGUGCACGUGCCCACCGUGGCCGCGGCCCCCUCCAUCGACAUUAAUGCCGUCUCCUUUGACGUGACACAGAAGUUAAAGAAGCUUAAGGCGGAAAAGUCCGGCCCUAAUCCCAUUGCAGAGGAGGCCAUUAAAGCUGCUCGCGCAUCUUCUGCACUGCAGUCCUUUCAGACAACGGAGCGCAAGAAGAAGGACCGUAAAACUGUGCGAAUCGCUGGUGGUAGCGUGUGGGAAGACACAUCACUGGCAGACUGGCCCGAUGAUGACUUCCGAAUAUUCUGUGGCGACCUGGGAAACGAUGUCAACGACGAAGUAUUGACUCGGACCUUUAAUAAGUUCCCCUCGUUUCAGCGGGCGCGGGUAGUCCGCGAUAAGCGGACGGGCAAAAGCAAGGGAUUCGGCUUUGUCAGCUUCCGUGAACCGGCCGACUUCAUACGGGCCAUGAAGGAGAUGGACGGUCGCUACGUAGGAAGUCGGCCCAUCAAGCUGCGAAAGAGCACCUGGCGUCAGCGCAGCCUGGACGUAGUCAAGAAAAAGGAACGCGAGAAACAGGUGCUGUUGCAGGCGUUCAACUCUAUGAACUGAAUCUGCGUAUGCAUCCCCUGUCCUUUAGGCUAGUUUCGGUCAUUUUGAAGUAGCAAAUUAGGUUUGGAUGUUGCUGCCAAAGAUGAGCAAUAAAUUUACUUUUAGCAA